AUGGGCCUCAGCAGCAUGUUCACAACGACCGGUUUAAUCCUGGCCGCCACGUGUCUUGUCCCUGUGACUGCGAAGCCGCCUCAACCUCCCUGUCCUCCAAUUCCGCACGCUGCUCUCCCUCAGGGUGACAUUCAAGGUUUCCGUGACAAGCACUGUAACGCUGUUUAUCUCGGUGUUCCUUUUGCCGCAUCCACUGGUGGCCAGAACAGAUGGAAGGCUCCUCAGGACCUUCCCAAGUCUCGUUCCAAGUUCCAGGCUACGUCAUAUGGUGCGACAUGCCCUCAAGCUAUCUCAAACGAUGCCUUUACUCGCCAAGAUGAGGAUUGUCUGAACCUUAACAUCUGGGCCCCAUCCAAGGGCAAGAACAUGCCUGUAUUCGUCUACAUGUAUGGUGGUGCUAUGGUCACUGGCUCCAGCAGCAACCCCCAAAUCCAGGGCACAAACUUUGCUCGCAAUGGAGUUGUUUACGUCAACUUCAACACCCGCGAGAGCAUCUUUGCUUCUCCUCACUCUUCCGAGCUGAAGACCGCCAACCCUGAUGAGACACAGAACUUUAGCAUCUUGGAUGUCGAGAAGGCUCUUGACUGGGUCCACAAGAACAUCAAGGCCUUUGGUGGUAACCCUGAUCAUAUUGUCUUCGGCGGUCACUCUUCGGGUGGUGUCCAGGUCGAUCACUACCUUUGGAACAACCCUAACACCUUCCUCAAGGGUGCCGUCGAGAUGAGCGCCAACGCCAUGUCCGGCCCCGCUUACGCUCCCGUCGAUGAGGCUCUUAACGCCGUCGCUGAGGAAGUUGGCUGCCCUGAGGGCGGUAACGGACAGCUCGACUGUCUCCGUAGCAAGGACAUUCUUGACUUCCAGACCAAGAACUUUAACUCCACCUUCAACACUUGGUUCACUCCCGUUAUUGACGAUAUCACCCGCUUCUCUGACUACUCUGCCCGUUUCGCUGCCGGAAACUAUCCUUCCCAUGUCCCCAUGCUGACUGGUACCUCCAAUGGAGAGGGCACCAUCUUCAGCCUCGUCUACGGUGCUGAGAACAGCAACUUCAGCUCUUGGAUCAACACCUUCGAUGCUGAUAGCGCUCAUAUCCCCGAUGAGUCUCUGAUCCAGGCCUACAACCCCAACGACUACGCCACCGAGUCUCUCCGCAGCGGUAUCCAGUACGGUGAUGCUCGCUUCAACUGUCCCGUUGACUACCUCCUCGACAUGCGAAGUGAGCAGCAGAAGACCUGGGUCUACCGCUUCUUCGGCAAGUACGACAACGUUGUUGGACCCCCCAACACUGCUCCUACCCACGGUACCGAGGUUCCUUUCUUCCACGGUGGUAACGAGUGCUUCGCCGCUCUCCAGGGUGUCACCAAGGCUCAGCAGGCCCUUGCCGAUUCUAUUCACAACUGGUUUGUUCAGUGGAUCAAGAACCCCGCCGCUGGACCCGGCUGGGAUACCGUUGACAAAGCUGAGGAGGUUGUCAAGCUUGGAGUUCCCGGUGACGAGCUUGCCCGUGGUAAGGCUCCCCGCAGCGAGUUCAACGCUGUCUGCCAGGCUGUCUACAAGCCUAACUUCCCCAAGUACCCCGUCGUCCAGUCCGUCGCUGGUCUUGUUGAGGAGUUGUUGGGCUCCGCCUAA